AUGACCCAGAGUAAUUCCACACGCUCAGCAGACCACCCUCAGAAUGAGUGCACACCUAUCAUUGAGGAGGCGGUCCCCGCCACCCAGGUCCUCACAUUUACCAUCGUCGUUACUGUAGCACCAACCAUAACAGAUUGGGGUCAGGUCCUCGAAUCCAUCUGCCCGACAGCGCCCGAUGGCCCUCUUAUGGAUGCCCUCGGCAGACCUGUGGAUCGAGAACAAAUGAUCGUGUACCCUGACCAGCUUGGUGCGCCUCUGUCAGAUAGCCCUGCCCUCUGGGAGCCCUAUAAUACGGCCUCGGCCAUCAAGUCGAAAUGGGCGUAUACCGAGAGUGCUCGUACCGCUUCGAGCUCCUCGGGAAGUACCAGCUCCAUGUCGGCGACAGAGAGUGUCAGUUCCGCCCCUACUACUCCUACCAACCUACCUAUUAGCUCCUCUACCUUUAGUUCAGAGGCUGCCACAUCAAGUGAUAGCUCUACUUCUGAGGGUCCUAUCAGCUCCUCUAUCACUUUAGAUACUAGCCUAUCUACGACAGAAACAACCCAGACGCCAACCGAGACGCCACAGCCUGAAUGCGAGGAUUUGGUUAACGGGGACUUUACCAAUGUGGUUCUAGCUCCAUGGUAUCUCAGCGACGAAGUUGUAGCAUAUGACUCUGCUGUUCUUCCGUAUGAGCCCAGUAACUCUGGUUAUGCCUUUGCCUUGAUUCCCUAUACCACUGGACCUUCCCAGGUUUAUCUCAACCAACUCCUACCUUCUUGUGGACAACCGCCCCCUGAAGUUACGGUCCGCGUUGUCGCCGAUAGUACUAACCAAGAGGCCUGGCUAGAGUAUGAUGGUCUCACAUAUGCAUACCAAAUGACCUAUGAUCCUUUAAUGGCCAGCCUCGCGAGAAGCCCUUCGACCUCGUCGAAGACGGCGGCCCCGGCCCCGGCCCGACCGCAGCUCACUUCUGAGAUGCGGAGCAGCUCCUUCCUGCGCGAGCAUCAGCAGUACCGCCCGCCCAAGAGUCCCGAGACCCACUAUGGGAUCGACACCGUCGUCGAGGAUCUCCGGCCGUUGAGCGUGUCGUCGCCUCCUAAGCCCUAUGUUCCCUACAAGGGCAUUCCGUCUGAAGAGCAUCCCCUACCAUCAUCGAGGGCGUCAGCCACACGCCAUGCCACUCCCAACGGUAGCCAACCCGCAUUGACUUCCUCUUCCACCGGACAAGCUGCGAGCUCCGCUACUUCCACCUCCGACCAGGCAUCUCACGAAAUCCCUGCGAACCUCGCGCCGACCAAUGAGCUUGAGAAGUUCCCCCUCGAACCCCCUUCCACCUCUGAGCCUGAGCAGCUCGACCACCUUUAUGGAUCCUAUAUCUCCCUCUCUGCAUCGCUUCUUUCCUCCAUCUCAUCUCACUCUCUCCCCAUCCCCUCUCCGGACUAUCUGAGCCUCGCCGACUUGCGGAAGCACGAGAUGAUUUAUAGGUUUGAGCGCGAGUGGAAUGUCGAGGUCGCUCUCCAGUACGAUACUCUCUGGCGACGACACCCCCGACUGGUUGUCUUCGACAUGGAUAGUACUCUGAUCACACAGGAGGUCAUUGACCUUUUGGCCGCCACUAUCACGGAUCCCGUCGAUAUUGCCGAGCGUGUCGCGGACAUUACCCAUCGCGCCAUGAUGGGAGAGCUUGAAUUCGAAAGCGCAUUCAGGAGCGCGUCCAACUUCUCAAGGGCCUGCCCGCCGACUUCUUUAGCUCUCAAGCGUCUCGGUGUCAAGACCGCCGUGCUUUCAGGUGGCUUCCUGCCCCUCACUUCCUGGCUCGCGGGCGAGCUCGGCAUUGACCAUGCUCAUGCCAAUGAGGUCAUCAUAGAUGAGGCGACCAAUACCCUGACUGGUGAGGUCAAGGGCAUUAUCGUUGGCAAGGAAAGGAAGCGGGAGCUUUUGCUCGAGAUUGCCAAGCAGGAAGGAAUCGAUACCUCCCAGGUCAUCGCCGUCGGUGACGGUGCCAACGAUUUGCUUAUGAUGGCGGCGGCUGGCCUCGGUGUUGCCUGGAACGCAAAGCCCGUGGUCCAGAUGGAGGCGUCCGCCCGGCUGAAUGGUGAGACGAUGCUUGACCUUCUCUACCUCUUUGGCUUUACCGCCGAGGAAAUCCAUCUCUUGUCUCAGUAG